ACGCACUACUGGAUGAGCUGAGAUCGAUUCCCGGAUGUUACAGAGAAGCGCGUGAGAGAGAGAGAGCAUCAUAAUGGUGGCGGGUGAGUUGAUUCAGGAAGCAGUGAGGCACGGAGACACACCGGCUUCCCCGGAUGAAUACGACAGUGUAACGGAGUGCAGCGCUGUCAAAGUCACCGUGAAGGAGGAGGAGAACGAGUCGGAGAGCCGCGCCAUGCUUCCUGCGGAACAGAACCCUCCUCCUCCUCCUUCUCCUCCUCCUCUUCUCCAGACCAGGCUGUACCGCAGGCGCUUUGCCGUGCUCCUCAUCUUCAGCCUGUACUCUCUGCUCAACGCCUUCCAGUGGAUCCAGUACAGCAUCAUCACCAACAUCUUCACGCACUUCUACGGCGUGACGAGUGUGAUGAUCGACUGGCUGUCAGUGGUGUACAUGGUGGCCUACAUCCCGCUCAUCUUCCCCGUCACUUGGCUGCUGGACUGCAAAGGGCUGCGCAUCACGGCGCUGCUCGGCUCCGGCCUCAACUGCGCAGGCGCGUGGCUGAAGUGUGCGAGUGCCGCACCCGGGCUCUUCUGGGUUACCAUGACGGCUCAGGUGGUCUGUUCUGUGGCUCAGGUGUUCAUCCUCGGCCUGCCCUCCAGGAUCGCGUCUGUGUGGUUCGGGCCCAGAGAGGUGUCCACUGCCUGCGCUGUAGCCGUACUGGGAAACCAGCUGGGCGUAGCUAUAGGGUUUCUGCUCCCGCCUGUCCUGGUCCCAAACACACAAGAUGAUAAAGGACUGAUGGGCCACAAUAUAAGCAUAAUGUUCUACGGAACAGCUGCCAUCUCAACCUUGCUGUUCAUUUUAACAAUCAUUGUCAUUCAAGACAGACCCCCUUUACCGCCGAGUCAAGCUCAGGCAGUGUUACCCACAGGCCUAGCUGAAGAUUAUUCCUAUAAGCAGUCCAUCAUUAAUCUAUUCAAGAGCAAGCCGUUCAUCCUGCUCCUGCUGAGUUACGGCAUCAUGACCGGAUCAUACUAUUCAGUGUCCACGCUCCUCAACCAAAUGAUCAUCACUCAUUAUCAGGGCGAGGAGCUGAAUGCAGGCAGAAUUGGCCUCACGCUGGUCAUAGCUGGAAUGGUCGGCUCCAUCAUUUGCGGGCUGUGGCUGGACCAUACGAAAACCUACAAAAUGACUACGCUGAUUGUGUACAUUCUCUCCUUCCUCGGCAUGCUGGUGUUCACCUUCACACUGAACCUGGGCCAUCUACUUGUGGUCUUCAUCACUGGAGGGGUGCUUGGGUUUUUUAUGACUGGUUACCUGCCCAUUGGUUUCGAAUUUGCUGUUGAAAUCACCUACCCAGAGUCUGAAGGCACUUCAUCUGGUCUUCUUAAUGCAUUCGCUCAGUUGUUUGGAAUUAUAUUCACAUUGAUUCAAGGGAAACUCACCACAGAACACAACCCACUGAUUGGAAACCUCUUCCUGUGUGCCUGGAUAUUCGUCGGGAUCAUUUUAACAGCAUUGAUAAAAUCAGAUCUGAAGAGACAUGAGGUCAAUAUGGGUAACAACAAAUGUCAGGCGGUUCCUACUGAGUGUCCUGUGGAGAAGGUAUCUAAUGGUGUAAAGGUGGAUUUGUCGUCAGAUUUCUCACGUGAGACCACACUGUAACACAGAUACAGUGCUCCACUCUACCUCCACAAUCAUCACAAUCCCAACUGAGCUUACUUGAAUUUUCUGUACUGGAAUUCCUUAUGGAGUUUUUGAAACUGCUGAGUAAGCUUUAAUGUCGUUAUCUGUUUCGUGCUCAGAAUAUUCGUAUCGGCUUUGUUUUCUGAUUUAAACCAGAAGUUGGUAUGGUCCUUACCAGAAAGUGGGUGGUUUUUAAUUUUUUUUAUUUUUUAAAAUCUAUAAAACAAUGAAAAAACAAACAAGGCUGCUGGAAAAAGAUGCUAUUUUUAAAAUUCAAAAAUUAUAACUUUUUUUUAAUUUAUUUAUUGAAAAUUAUCCAUCACUUGAAUUCUGUGAAAACUUUUGGAAAGCUUUCUAUCUAAAGUAAAGAAAAUGAACCAUGUUUCAAAGCCGCAGUGUCCUUCCCAUAUCCAGAAAUGUAUUUACAGUGGUGCUUGAACAUUUGGGAACCCUUUAGAAUUUGUUUCUAUUUCUGCAUAUGACCUGAAACAUCAGAUUUUUGGGGUCUGGACAUGGGCUUGGGGUCUAGACAGGACUUAGGUUCUGGACAGGGCAUAGACUUGGGCUCAAGCAUGGGCAUGGACCCAGAUGUCAGCAUGGGCUCAGGGACAGAUACAGGCUUUGUCUGAGUAAUGUUCUUGUCUUUGCUGAAGCCCAGUGGCGUGGUAACCACAUCCUUGAAGCUGGGCGGCGUGGCAGCAACGUCUUCGAAGCUGGGCAGCAGGACGAAGAGGUCAUCUGCGCUGAAAUCUGGAGUAGAGGCCGCCUUAUCAGCCUCUGGCGCAACAGCAUCCUCUGCUGUCACUGUGUCGGCUUCUGGAGCGACGGCCUCCUCUACUGCUGCUGCAUCGGCCUCUGGAGGGAUCUCUGGAGUGACUGCCUUCUCCACUGCAUCAGUCUCUCGCAUCUUAGCUUCCCUAUUUCAUGGGGGUCCUACUUCCCUAGAGCUUGAAACAGGUGCCUGAGCAUAGCACUGAAUGACUGGGAGUUUCUGAUCAUGGAUGUUUGACUGAGCCCACUGGCAUGCUCACCCAGUGAGUCAGAACAUCAUGCAGCCUACCCAGAUGUGCUUGGGCUCCACCAGGUCAGAAUAAAAGGGCGCACAUUGUAGUAGGAACCCAUUUGAGGAAUACUCCGCCCCAUCAUCAGGUGCUGAUAUGUCCAGCCCUAGCCAUUACAAAAAGAUUACCGAUCCAGGCUGAAGCAUGGAAACCUGGGCAUGGCGUUGAGCAGUGUGCCGGCUCUCUUCUACUACAUCCAUAACAUGGCGAAGUAUUCUGUCAAUAGAGACUGAGGGAAAUGGAUGUAUAUGCAGGAAGAGAGACUUUAUUAUAAAAGAAACAAACAGGCAAAAGGGUCAAGCAAGGAGCAAACAGACUAAACUGAGCAAGACAAGUUCAGAAACCAAAACGCAGAACAAGAGUCAAUGACCAGAAAGACAAUGCAAAAGCAACAGCUCAGUAAUGGUGGUAAACAGCGCAAUACAUCACACCAUCUAGAUGUGGGCAGCAUCCUUUUAUGCACGUGCUGAUUGCACCUUAAUCUGGGGCAAGUGCUUGUCAUUAGAGGCACGUGCUCUGAACAGUGAUAGUUCGGUGUGUGCACAAAUGUGCGCAGGUGUGACACAAUGACAAGCACACAAAUCAUUCUACCAAAAAAUAGUUAGAGAAGAAAAAAGGUAACCUUUUGGAAUGGCAGAAUCAAAGUCCUGACUUUAAUCCAAUAGAAAUGUGUGAGCAGUUCGCGUGAGGAAACCCACCAAGAUCCCAUAACUGAAGCCGUUCUGCCGAGAGCAACGGGCUAAAAUUUCUCCGAGUUGAUGUGCAGGACUGAUCAACAGUUAGUGCAAAUGUUUAGUUGCAGUUAUUGCUGCCCAAAGGGAUUAUACCAGAUACUGAAAGCAAAGGUUCGCAUACUUUUGCUACUCACUGAUGUAUGUAAUAUUGGCUCAUUUUUCGCAUUAAAUAAAUGAGAGUAUAAUAUUUCUCAUUUGUUUUACUGGAGAGAAAUAGAAAAAAAAUCUAAAGUUCACAAACUUCCAAACACCACUGUACAGAUGAAAACAGCCAUCUAAUAAUAUUUGAUCAGACUGACUAUAGAUUUGGGUUUGUUACAUUUCAGAAAGAUCAGAAACCUUUAUCUGGACAUGUGAUCAGGAUAUGUUCUAAAUCUGGAUGUCCCCUGCAUGCUUCUGGGACUGUUUAAGCAGCAUUUCAUUACAACGACCGGAUAAUGUUUUCCGCAGUGAGCACGGACCGUACAAGUUAAUAUUUUUUAAAAUUUAUUUUUGGAGACCCAACAGAGAUGUGCCACUCUGCUCACUGUGCUCUGUCUUCAUCAACACUUUCAAUAAAACCAUUUCGAUUGUU